AUGGCCCCCCUCGCAGAGCAGACCCUCAGCGUGCUCCGCUCUACCGUGGAAUCGGCGUGCUACGACCACAGCAAGGGUAUUCCGGGAGCAACGGUCGUUGUCGUAGGCAAAGAUGGCGAGGAACUCUUCGCGCAUUCCGCCGGUCGCCGAGGAAUGGCCAGCACCGAGGAGAUGACGCUGGACAGCGUCUUCUGGAUUGCCUCUUGCACCAAAAUGAUUACCGGUAUUGCCUGCAUGCAACUUGUUGAGAAGGGGCUGCUGAAGCUCGAUGAUGGUGACCAGCUCGAAACGCUGUGCCCCGAACUCAAGACACUCAAGGUUCUGAAAAAGGAUAAGACGUUGGAGGACAAGAAAAAGCAGAUCACACUGCGGAUGCUACUGACCCACACCGCAGGGUUUGGUUAUUCUUUCUUCAAUGAAAGGCUGAGAGAUUGGGGGCUUCCUGGCGGGGUUGACGAGUUCAGUGGUCGGGAGGAGGACAUGAUCUCGCCGCUUUUGUUCCAGCCUGGCGAGGGCUGGGAGUACGGUGUCAACAUUGACUGGGCUGGCAUUGCUCUUGAGAGGGUAACCGGAGAAAAGCUCAACGACUACAUAAAGAAGAAUAUUUUCGAACCGCUCGGCAUCAAGAAUUCGUCUAUGAUCCCGACCAAGGACAUGAAGUCCAAGCUGGCAUACAUGAACCACCGCGAAGCUGACGGAAGCUUGCGACCACGCGAUCACCCCCUGCGGCUGCCACUGGUAGUGAGUAGCAAGGAAGAAGAAGCAAGAUGCUUCAAUAGUGGUGGAGCGGGCAUGUUUGCCCAGCCACAGGAAUACUGCAAGAUUCUGGCCGUCCUUCUCAACGAUGGCAAGUGUCCCAAAACCGGCGCCGAGAUCCUCAAGUCAUCCACUGUCAACGAGAUGUUCUCCAACCAGAUUCCCAACUUUCCUGACUUUGGCCGCCAACCAAUACCCGCCGCGAAGGCUGAACUGACCAAUCCCAUCGGGGAGCUAUAUCCCCUUCCUGGGAACCCUCCUCAAGGUUGGGGGUUGACAUUUAUGAUCAGCGGCGGCGGUGCCACAGGCCGUAGCCGCAGCACUGUUCAUUGGGCGGGGCUCGCAAAUUGCUGGUGGUGGGCUGAUCGUGAGAAUGGCGUCGCUGGUAUUGUAGCGACACAGAUACUGCCUUUCGCCGACUUUCCAGUUCUGAAGCUAUGGGCAGAUAUCGAGAAGGAGGUGUAUGUUGGGCUGCACGCUGCGAACGGUGGAGAAUAA